CAUAAUGGACAGAGCGUGAGGGAGCUCGGGAGAGGGCGAUUUGAGAGAGAGAGGUUAAACGGUUGGGCGGACUUGCAGACGGAAUAGGCGGUUUUUCUGGGGGGAAGAGAGAUAAAGGAGAGAGAGAAAGAGGGGAAGAAGAGGAGGAUUUUGUGGGGCACAGGAUUGAGACUGCUCACAAUUCUCUUGAUAUAUUCUUUGGAAAUACAAUUUUCUUUCUGCUGUACAGAGGAGAUUUGCUUGAUUCCUCGGACGGGUGGGAUCGAAUGGAUUCUUGGACGAGUAGUGGCGUCCACCCUCGUGUCGUGACAGCUGGGAUCGAUCGUCCCCACCUUAUCAUCAUCGUCCUCCGUCGAUUGUGUUGACAGAAAGACAGGGCUCAGCAGAGCGCGGAUUGAGAGAGAAGUUUAACGGUUGGGCGGACUUGCAGACGGAAUAGGCGGUAUUUCUCGGGGGAAGAGAGAGAGAGAGAGGAGAGAGAAAGAGGGAAAGAAGAGGAGGAUUUGGUGGGGCACAGGAUUGGGAUUACUUACCAUUCUUUGGAUAUAUUUUUUCGAAAAUACAAUUUUCUUUUUGCUGUACAGAGGAGAGUUGCUUGAUUCCUCGGACAGGUGGGAUCGAAUGGAUUCUUGGACGAGAAGUGGCGUUCACCCUUGUGUCGCGACAGCUGGGAUCGAUCGUCUCCACCUUAUCAUCAUCGUCCUUCGUCGAUGAUGUUGACAGAAAGGGCGCAAGGGAUCUCAGCAGAGCACGGUUUGAGAGAGAGAAGUUUAACGGUUGGGCGGACUUGCAGAUGGAAUAGGCGGUAUUGAGAGAGGAGAGAGAAAGAAGGAAAGAAGAGGAGGAUUUGGUGGGGCAUAGGAUUGGGAUUACUCACAAUUCUUUGGAUAGAUUUUUUCGAAAAUACAAUUUUCUUUCGGCAGUACGGAGGAGAUUUGCUUGAUUCCUCGCACAGGUGGAAUCGAAUGGAUUCUUGGACGAGCAGUGGUGUCCACCCUUGUGUCGUGAGUCUCCACCUUAUCAUCAUCGUCGUUCGUCGAUGGUGUUGACAGGAAGAUAGAGACAGAGGUUGCGCAUCCUUUUGGCAUCUUCGCAAGCCAUCAACACAUCACAUCAUCUGACAAUAUAGAAGGAGCGGUAGAUUGUUAGGGAGGGACGGUGCGUUGUUUCCUCCGACUUCGAACUUCUUCCUACCUAAUGGGGCACUGGCAGCCUGGGUUCUCUCACCGCUGAUGCUAUGGUUGGACCUCGGUCAUGGUUUUCGGGACUCUUUUACCGCUCUGGUAAUAAACGUCAAGGUGGUGGUGAAAAAGAUUUUACUUUAACCCCUAUUCAGGAACAACGACUGCAAAAGCUUAAGGAACGGUUAAAUGUACCAUUUGAUGAGACUCGACCAGACCAUCAAGUAUAUAUCUUCAACCUCAUCCAGGAAGCUCUUAGAGCACUUUGGCAUGCUUCCUUCCCAGAAACAGAACUCACAGGCUUGAUCUCAGAGCAGUGGAAGGAUAUGGGUUGGCAGGGUCCAAACCCAUCAACCGACUUCAGGGGCUGUGGAUUUGUUUCUCUUGAGAAUCUAUUAUUUUAUGCAAGGACCUAUCCGGCUUCUUUUCAAAGGUUACUAUUCAAGCAAGAUGGAAUGCGAGCGACAUGGGAAUACCCCUUUGCUGUUGCCGGCAUCAAUGUUUCAUUCAUGUUGAUUCAGAUGCUGGAAUUGCAGUCAGAAAGACCCAAGUCUCUGCCUGGAAUCAACUUCAUAAAAAUUCUAUCAGAAGAUGAAGAAGCAUUUGAUGUUUUAUAUUGUAUAGCAUUUGAGAUGGUGGAUGCUCAGUGGCUUGCUAUGCGUGCUUCCUACAUGCAGUUUAAAGAGGUUUUGGAAGCAACAAAGAUCCAACUAGAGAGGGAACUCUCUUUGGAAGACAUCCAUCGAAUUCAAGAUCUACCAGCUUACAACCUUCUGUACAAAUAGGUUCACUACAAUCUAAUUGUAAAAGAUAGCUAUUAAUAUUUCAAAAUCUUUGAUUAGAUGACCUUAUGAGAUUGAGGAUUUUAUAGGUACCUCAAAGGAAUUGCAGCGUCACUCAUCCUUACCGUGCAUUUAUUCAAAUGACUCUUAAGGCAUGAUUUAUAUAUCUUUUGGUGAUGCGUUGUGGCCAUCUAGAAAAAUUGAAAAUCUACAGUUUCUCUUGAUAUACAAUGUUCAUUCUGUUUAGGAGCUUAAGUUGGAUUUU